AUGGGAUUGGUGAAGCCCUCAGGAUCCUGAAGGAGAAAGUUCUGCCUGUGCAUAAGGUUGAGCCGCAGAGACCGUAAGAUAUACUGAGAGUUAUAAAAAUGCUCCAAGAAGAAGUCACCAGCUCAGGCAGGCAGUUCUUGACCCUCACCACCCCAGGCAAGAAACACUAGCGAGCGGAGCACGCAAUGCCGCGCCACCUCGGCCUGCACCGCGCGAUCGCUGCCGCCAUGCCCGCGGCCUCGCGCCACCUCGCCUCCCUGCACGACCACGGCGGCGUGAUCGCGGCUGCAGUGCCGGCGGUGGCCGCGUUCCUGGCCGUGUGCGCGCUGGCGCUAGCGAUGUGCGCGUCGCACUCUGGCGCAGGAGAGGCGGCGAAGGAGCGGCUGCGGCGCGCUCUGGCGAGCGUGAGCCGACGGAGGACGGACCCGGUCAUCGUCAGCAUUCACCAGGUGCAGCCAGGCGUCGGCUUCGGCGGCGACGCGUCGCCGCCUCCGUGCGUGUGGCAGAAAGGGAUCCUCAUGGGGGGCAAGUGCCAGCUCCCGGACUUCUCCGGUGUCAUCAACUACGACCCCGCCGGGAACAUGGUCGCGCCAGGUCGUCCUCGAGCCCAGCCGUUGCCGGCGCUUGGCUGGUGACCUCGUCUCAUCUCGAUGUGUGUUGUUGUUCACUUGUUGUUGUAUGUGUGACGUGCCUGUGCGACCCAGGCUCGGAAAAGUAAAUCUGCGAUGCAGAAUGGCAUCCCAGGUAGUCUGGAUUGGAUUUCCUAUAUUUUGUCAAGAGGGCAAAUUCCCAGUUUCACCGAGACUUAGUAGAAAUGGUGUGUUCCUCUUUUUCCUUGAGAUGAGAAGAGGAGAAGAGGAACAAACUACUCCAAAUCGUGUUAAAACUUGUACGAGUAUUUUGGAUUUUAGAAACCUGAACUCCUCUAACAUUUCUUCGCACCUGAAGUUCUAAAUAAUAAAAAUGAAGCAGCUUGUUUUGAACUCC